AAACACUGAGACCUUGAAACCUGCAUACCAUAGCUGGCUAUAAUGUAAAUGUUUUCACAAACUCAGACACUAGAGUCUUCUAAAAAUGCAGCUUUCCCUAGCAUUAGAAGAGACCUUACUGAAAAAUAAAAUUACUGAGUGAGAAAUCACUCCUUUGUUGCUCAAACGAGGACAAACACGCAGCCAAGUGCUUCUUGGAGAUGUGUUCUAUGCUAGAUUGGACUGCUGCAUUUUUAGAGUAACUUCAGGAACACUGAAAGUUUAGUUUGUUUUGUGUUUUGGGGAUUUGCUUGGUUUUUUUGUUUGUUUGUUUAAAGGGGGGAUUAAUUAGCAACAGUGAGAGCAGUGUUUUCCCAUUUUUUCAGCAUUGUACUGUCUCGUAUUACAGACCUUGUGCUGAGCUGACAGUCAGAUAUGUGGUGAUUGACUUGAGUUUUGAACAUCUGAAGUUAAAACCGUAAUACUUCAAUGUGUAACUGUGUUUGUUAUGAGCUGACUAGGGCAGCAGUGGCCGUGUUUUUCAUGUGUCAUAUUUGUGUCAUCCAUCAGGCUCAAAUAAAUACUAGUUGAGUGACUAGGUGGUACAUUAAUUACAGUUGCUAUGUUCAGAUGCUUAGAUCUAGAUAUGAAUUAAAUGAUAAAAUUAAAUCUGACUGAUAUUCUUCCGUCAGGCUUAUUUGGAUUAAGUAGUGUGUAGAGAUGCCGCUCCUUUUAUUACCACGAGGAGAGCCAAGCAGUGGAAGGGGCUCCCAGGGUGGCUGGGCAGGCUCCGUCUGUGGAGGUCUUCAAGAUGUGGCUGUAGAAAGCCCUGAGCAACCUUCUCCGAUCCUGGAGCUGACCCUGCUUUGAGCAGGGGUUGAACUAGAGACCUCCUGAGGCCCUUUCCAACCUGAAUUAUCCUGUGAUCCUGGAUUAAGGCCUGGUUAUGCUACGCGUUAUGCAGAAGGGUGUUAACGCUGCCUAUAAUCCCCUGUCCCAAGGUUGUCCAGGCAGCUAAAAAUCUUUCCUGAAGUAAUACCCACAGAAGUAAUUUCAGUUGAUGUUGAGCUGUCAGUGCCUGUCUUCUUUAUCAGAGAGAGAUCUGCCUUUUUCUUUUGCAAGCCUUUUCCUGUCAAUUUUGCUAACCGCCGUUUUAGAUUUAUGAUGUUGAUAAGAUUCCACUCAAAUUCUCACUAAUUGCAAAAUAAUACAUACUGUAAAUAGAUAUGGAAAAGAAUAAAAGCAAAGAUAAUACCUUUAGGAUGCAUUAGUCUAAUGUGGCCAAAACUGUCUACAGAUGCACCAGAUGUUUAAAAGAGAUUCAAGCAGGAAUUGUCUUCUGAAGGUGAGCUGGGCUAAUGAAAGCAAGAUGGUUUCUUAAAUAAUAUUGCUGGAUCUUGGCAAUAAAGAUUUAGAUGAGGUAGCCUGCAGGAUCGGUGCGCAGAAAUCAGUGAAUGAGCACGUUUCUUAAAUAAUAUUGCUGGAUCUUGGCAAUAAAGAUUUAGAUGAGGUAGCCUGCAGGAUCGGUGCGCAGAAAUCAGUGAAUGAGCACAUCACUGCAGAAUUUUGAAGAAUGUUGCAAUCCGGAAAGAAGGAAACAUUUUAGAAGAUACGUUUCAGAGAAGACUGAAAAAGGAGAGGGGAAGAAACAUCAAGGCAUUUAAAAUAGUGCUGGGCUCAGUAAACAUAAUGCUUGAAGUUUGUGGAGACCCUAAUUCUGAGUUAAAUUCUAGUAGGGAUCAGAGAGAUGAAACUGAGAACAAGACUGCCAGAAAAUCCGAACUUAAUUUUGGAGGUAGCUUUUGUGAUUUACCAGACUGCAAAAUGUUAAUUGCUUCGAAUUGCAGACGGAAAAGAGAGACACAACUCUCUUAAUGAUAGAUGAUGUCCGUUUCGGUGAUCUUGACUUGCAGGAUUGUGAUAUCCUUGCAUUGUCAUUACAGUGAGCUGAGUAAGCAAACUGCAGACCUUUUGGAAAAUUCAAAAGCAAAGUUAAAUCUCCCAACAAAGAGUCUGCAAAACGCAGACUAAGAGAAUUUAUGUGAAAGUUGACACAUGGAAAGCAAAUGCUUAAAAUGCUACCCUUCCUUUGGGCAGAGCUGCUGUGUAAGAAGUGAAACUGUUUUACAAAAGCCUAUCAAAAGGGACCAGAGUGCUUUAAAAGAAGCAAUCUGUGCAUGUGUGUAAUAUUCUGUACACCAAAGAAGAGGUAGAAGGUUUUUCUUUUUUUUUUUAGCUUGAGCAGCUCCUAAGGCUAUAUCCAGCUGUUGUAAUAUUGCCUUGGUUACGUGCGCAUCUGUGGCCGAGCAUAGUUCCGGAUGUUGCCUAAAUGUUUGAAAGCAAAACCCAGCCCUGUGGCCACAGGCAAAGUGCAGCUUAGAGAGAGGUUAAAUUGCUCAGAUUUCGGGCUAGGUAUAAAAAUAGCACGAGAUUGCUUCUCCCUCCCUCUCCCUCGUCAGGCUAAUGCUGCUGGAAAGAAGGGAGCUGUGUGGUCUCACCGGCAAUGACCACAUGACCCGUUGGGUUGGAGAUCGUCUUCCAAAGACACCCGGAUACCUGUAGAGCUGGUGUAGGGCAAGGGGUGAAUCAAGCCGGGUUCUGCCUCCCGCGGGGCUUUGUGUCUGCUUUGCCAGUAAGGCUGGCUGCUCGGGUCAGAAACAGCUGGGCUGAGAAGGAUGAUGGAUGGUGAUAGCUCCACAACGGAUGCUUCUCAGUUAGGAAUUGCUGGAGAUUACAUUGGUGGCAGUCACUACGUGAUACAGCCUCACGAUGACACAGAGGACAGCAUGAAUGAUCACGAAGAUACAAAUGGCUCAAAAGAGAGUUUUAGAGAACAAGAUAUAUAUCUUCCAAUUGCAAAUGUGUCGAGGAUAAUGAAAAAUGCCAUACCGCAAACAGGAAAGAUCGCUAAGGACGCAAAGGAAUGCGUGCAAGAGUGUGUAAGUGAAUUCAUCAGCUUUAUAACGUCAGAAGCAAGUGAGAGGUGUCACCAAGAGAAAAGAAAGACCAUCAAUGGAGAGGAUAUUCUCUUUGCCAUGUCUACCUUGGGGUUUGAUAGCUAUGUUGAACCUUUGAAGUUAUACCUCCAAAAAUUCAGAGAGGCAAUGAAAGGAGAAAAGGGAAUUGCAACAGUUACAACUGGAGACGGUCUAAGUGAGGAGCUCACAGAGGAAGCAUUUACUAACCAGUUGCCAGCAGGCUUAAUAACUACAGAUGGCCAACAGCAGAAUGUUAUGGUCUAUACAACAUCAUAUCAACAGAUCUCUGGUGUUCAACAAAUUCAGUUCUCAUGAUUCGGAGAAAACUUUGGAUUUGGGAACACGAGAUGGAAGCUCUGCAACUCUAACAAAGAGGCAGUUUUAAUGACUGGUGAAGAGAUUUAUCUCUUUGUAUAUUAAAUAGCUGUAAUGUAGCUACCUGAAGCUUGACUAAUUGAGGUGUGAGUUCUGACUCAAAUCUUUUUCAUGAUGAUUUUAAAAAAAAUUGGAUUUUAAAGGUAUUAAAGUAUUUUUGUUUUGUACAAGAGUUUGUUGCUCUGUAUAACUCCUGUAUGCAUUGUAUAUUGCAAUUUAUUACUGUCAGAGAUUUGUAGACAGUUUCUUAUUUUCAUAUUGAAUCAUGUUACUUUUGUAAUUCAGGUAAACAGCUGGGUUAAUUCAUGUUUACCCUUUGAAUAAAAUUGUAAGGGUAAAGUUCAUUUUUUGAAUGCAAGUUGCCUUUAUUAUGAAGAUUGAGUUGGUCUUGGUUACGUAACUUGUCUUGCAUGACAACCUCAACUAACUUUACAUGUCAGCAUAUUUAUUGAAACUUUGAAAGGGACGUUUUCCUCAUGGAACUAGCAGCUCAAAAGCAUUGCUACAACUGUUUUUUAAUGUAACUUCAAAAUUAAAAGUUAAUCAAAAACAACUAAUGCUCUUCUACAUCUAGAGACUUAGCUUAUCAAUAGUGUUGACAAAAACACUGAUGUGCGCGAUGCAGGUCUUCAUUUCAUUUUUUUUUCAGUUGCAUUAAUUCUCCUUAGACAUAACUUUGAUAUAUUUAAGGUAGUCUUUGUGCUACUGAAAUUACUCUUCAUUUUUAUGUAUGGUUUUUAGAAUCCAAAACUUCGAAAUUUGAGGGUAGUGAAGGGGGGUGGGGGAUUUUUAUAGUCCUUGUGGCAAAAGAUCUCAUUUUAACUUUUUACUGAAACGUUUUAAGGUUCCUCGUGUGACUGUGGAAACUCAACUGUGUUAGCGACUUUCUGUGUACAGGGCUGUGCGUGUGUGUGCGUGUGUGCGCGCGCAUGAGUGACUGAAACUUGAACAAGGGACAGAGAUCUGAAAUGGAAGACAGACUGCUAGUUUGCUGUCUCUUCCCUGGUUUGGCAAUAAACACUACCUAGAUAAUGUAGUUCUGUCUAUUUAGUGAGCUGUUCUUAGUAACGUUAGCCGUUUCUUUAAAAACGGGGUGGGUGAUUUUGUUAGAUGCAAUGUCUUAGCCUGCUAGGGUCGGGGUGGUGGUUUUAGGAAUCUAUCUUAUGCAGACUGAAUUUUGGGACCUUUGAUAUUUUUCCUGUUUGCAGUGGACUGAAAUGUAUUAUAAUAAUUAUCUUUCCACAGACCUGUCAUUAAUUUAAGAAAACCA